AUGGCGGAUAUUCUAAAAACGUUAGUAGCCUCCAAUAUACAAGCUCAACCACACAAUCAAGGAAAACUACCUUCACAGCCUGUUCGGAACCCCAGGGAAAAUGCUAAUGCCAUCACAUUAAGAGAUGGCAAGACUUAUGAUCCACCCACUAACCCAUCAAAUGAUGCACCAUUACCUCCUACCCAAUCCGCCCAACAAGACAAAAAAGAAACCCCAACCACAACACUAAACCCUAAACCAAAUAUUCCCACUUAUGUCACUACUCCUCCAUUUCCUAGUCUUUUGGGAAAGAUGAAGAAAGAUGAAGCUGAACAGGAAAUACUGGAGACUUUUUGCAAGGUUGAGGUAAACAUUCCCUUACUUAAUGCCAUUAAGCAAGUACCUCAAUAUGCAAAGUUUUUAAAUGAGUUAUGCACCAAUAAGACGAAGCUAAAAGGGAAUGAAAAUGUGAGUGUGGGAGAAAAUGUUUCGGCGGUUCUUCAAAAGAAACUUCCACCAAAGUGUAAGGAUCCUGACACCUUCACUAUUGCUUGCACUAUUGAAAUGAGGGUGAUCAUACAAUUAGCGAAUCGUUCUAAUGCCUAUCCAAGGGGAGUAGUAGAUGAUGUAUUGGUUUUUCUGGCGGACUUUUACAUUCUUGAUAUGGAAGAUGACUCAGUUCCAUGUUCUACACCAGUAUUAUUGGGAAGGCCAUUCUCAAAGACAACUAGAACUAAGACAGAUGUUCAUGCAGGAACUUUGACCAUGGAGUUUGAUGGUGAGGUGAUUCGCUUUAAUAUUUUUGAGGCUAUGCGAUAUCCAAAUGAUAUUCAUUCAGUUUCUUCAAUUUAUAUUCUGGACUCAUUGUCACUAAGAAUUCUGGAUUUACAUAGAUAG